CACUGCUCUUUCUUUCUCUAUACGAGAUUAUCUCGUCUACAGUCCAAUUGACUAUCUGUAGGCACGAUUUGGGAUCAUCCUCGCCUAUCACAAGACUGAUCUGAUAAGAUGUGAUGGGCGCGCUAGUCCUCGUCACAGGUCUCAUAUCCAUCCGCGAUGUCAGGCCAAAACCCCACAGUUACGCCCAGUUCAACUACUUCUCAAGGCCACGUUAGUACUGAGGCAGAGCCACAGAAAAGGAAAAGAAAGGCCCUUUCGUGCUAUGACUGCAAGCGGCGUAAGCUGCGAUGCGACAGAAUCACACCAGCUUGCGGGCGGUGCACUGCAUCUGGGAAGGCCGACAGUUGUCGAUAUGACUUCCAAGGGCUCGAUGAAGAUGACCAAGAAAAGCAACGCGACAUUGAUAAACGUUCAACAUCACCGAAAGAUGUAUCUAAUGAUGCCAAUGACUACCAAAGGUCUCGCAGAAAUAAUGCCUUGGCCGAUCGAGUCAAAUAUCUCGAAACCCGACUUGCAGAGCUUGAGUCACGCCGGUUAUCGCGCCUCGAACAACCCAAAUCCAUGUUGAUGUCCGCUGCAGUAAAUAACGGGCCUGAAAAUGCAGUGGAUCUGAGUGUCAAAGAAGAUGCUGUUGCCCUCGCAGAAACCACGUUCAUCCGUAUCCGAGGUUUCAAAUCCCAGUUCUAUGGUCCUACAAAAGCAGCUGCAGUCGUAGCCCAUCUCCCGCAACUACAACAGCUCAUGCACUCUGUCUUCACAUGGAAAAGCAAUGGGCAAGUUCAAAGUGAUUUCAAGAAUCUCCGCUUGCAAAGUAAAGCUGAACAUCGGAACCCAGAUGUUAGCCAUAUUUCUGAUAACCUCCUCGAUCUACUCCCACCAAGAUCGACUGUAGACGAGCAUGUCGAAGCAUAUAUCGCCACGUUCGAAACCACUUACCGGGUCUUACAUGUUCCUUCUUUCCGUCGAGAAUACUCUGAGUUCUGGCAGUCGCCCUCAACACACCGUCGAGGUUUCGUUGCGAUUCUCUUAUUAUUGAUUGCGGCUGUCCGACCAGAUUGCGCCCGUGCGCCCUUCACAUACAACUACGACUCUUCUGUUGACCGCGGCGAGUCGAUCAUUGCAAUCAGAGCCUCCGAAUGCUGGCUCGAGAAGCAGUCCCACAAACAUUUUACUCUCACGUUCCUCCAGGUAAAUUGCUUAUUGAUGAUCGCCAAAGGCGUCAAUCAAGUCAAAUGCAAGCGCGCAUGGCAAUCAUCCGGUUCUUUCCUUCAAUUUUUAAUGUCCGCCGCGUUUCAUCGCGACCCAGCCGAGAUAGACGGAAAGCGCCUCGCUCCGUCUGGGUCUCUGAACCGCGAUGUCAACCGGACUAUCGUUGGCAUGUCCGUCUUUGAGUCCGAGAUGCGACGCCGAAUCUGGGCCACAGCCGUUGAAAUCGAGCUACAAGCGUCCAUUGAGCGUGGUAUGCCUAGUAUCAGUAAUGCAUACAAUUUCGACACACUCGCACCACUGAACGUCGAAGACGAAGAUAUCAAUGAGGGUACGACAGUAACCCCCAAACCACUCUCGCCUGACCAGUUCACAUCCGCAACAUAUCAACACCUGGCGCAUGCCUCACUCAAACUUCGAAUCUCUCUCAACGCAUGUCUCAACGAUCCACGUACCCAACUCUCAUACACUUCAGUACUAUCUUACGAGCGUGAGAUACAAGCCCAUCUCACUACCCUCCCUGACUUCACGGACCCUACACGCCCUGGUGCCAGCAUCUCUGAUACGCCUGGUCGCGCGCUAAUGGCAAACUCGCUUCUCCGCAUCCAGCUACUCGUUUUUCUUCUCAUGAUACACUCACCCUUCAUCCACACAUCGACCAAUCCUUCACAUACACGCUACUCCGUCCUAGCCACAAUCCGCGCCGCGACAGACAUCAUAUCCCUCUUUCACACCCUUACCUCAAACAGCAUGUUUGGACUCGUCCUCAUUCGUGAUGACAUGUUCAGAGCUCCCAUGGCUCUCGCACAUGCCGUCCUCGCCGCAAAACUACCCGCUGAUGAUCUCCUCAUCACCUCGCUAACGCUUCCAGCCAGCAAAGCAAUAGCACAGGCCCUCGAGAUCCUUGGGGCGUGUAUGGUCCGUGUUGGCAGUGGCGCACGUGAAGCCUGGGUUAUCAGUGCGGCGAAAGCGCUGGUGAAAACGAAGGCCGAGCCGAGCAAGGCGGAGCAGUUCAAGGGUUAGGCGCUUGAUGAGCUAAUGGAGUCGCUAAGGACUAUACUUGGCGGGCAAGUAGGGCGAGAGAAGACUGUGGAAAGUGCGUCGAUGGGACCAUUGGGAUCUGACAUCAUGGCGCCGACGCCGUUGGGAGGGCAGAAUUGGGAUAUGCCAAUGAUGAUGACAGGAGGACUAGGUACGGAUCUUGGGUUUGAUGACUUUGCGUUUGAUAUCGGGAACAUGGCUUUUGAUCAGUAUUUGGGAUACGGAGUUGGCCCCGGUGUAGGGCCAGGGGAGUUCUAAGGUCUUAAGACGUAGGCAAGAGUCGAUAUUCGCGUGUUUUAAUUGGCUUCGAUUGGAUAUAGAUAAGGUGCAAAGACUGACUGCUUGCCUAGUUUUGAGCAUAAUGCAUGUUUUUGUUAACACUGCUAGGCAUAUCAACGAGAGCAGAA